AUGUCUUAUCCGAGUAAUGUCUUUCCACUUGUUGAAGCUGACAGCCAUGUCAAAUACCAGUUUCCAGUUGAAUCGCUGGCCAUCGAGGGCGUGUGGAGUCCUAGUGGGAAAGAGUUGACACAGCUACUUGUCUACUUCCCAAAGCUCUCAGAUCUGGAGCUGUGGUUCUGUGCAAAGGUAACAGGGCUGGCUGUGAAUGUGAGGGGACAGCACGCAACAGAGACGCCCGGAACAACAACUUCAGCUUACAAAGAGGAUCAGCAGCAGGAUGCAAGAGCAAAUGUCGACGUAAUAGUCGCAUCAGAAGAAGCAGAACAUGGCCUAUUGAUUUUGCCUCCCCAACUGCAGGACCUGGAGAUCCAUGGCAGCCCAAAGCUGCGACUCCUUGGCUCCAAUCCACAUGACGACAGCAACAAAGAUGGACGAACUGGGCAAGGAGGAGGCCUCCGGGGUCUAAGCUCCCUCCGAAGGCUGGAAAUCGAGAAUUGCCCCGAGCUCCUGUCCUCAUACUCUUCUUCAUCCUUCUCUUCUUCUUUCCCCUUGCCCAACUCCCUGGAACACCUUAGAGAUUCCAUCCUGUUCCUCAAAACUGCAGAGGCUCUCGAAAUAGAUGAUGUGGCUGGAUUCACUGCUGCGGCCAUUCGUCAUAGCCUGCUCUUUUCCUCGCUCACCGAAUUGUGUAUUUGUGUGGAUCACAAGGUGAAGAGCCUCACAGAGGAGCAAGAGGCCCUUCUGUUUGUCGACUCCCUCGAGGAUAUCACAUUAAGUGGCCGGCACAACCUGCAGUCCCUCCCUGAACGGCUACCUAGACAUCCCAACCUCAAGAGGUUACACAUCUUGACGUGCGGAGCAAUCCAGAUGCUGCCCAAGGAGGGCCUCCCAAGUUCACUGCAAGAGUUGGAUAUCAUAGACUGUCCAAAAAUCCAGUCACUGCCCAAGGUGGAUGACCUUCCAAGCUCCCUGCGAUAUUUAAAUGUCCGUUACAGCGGAAGCGAGGAGCUAAGGAGACAGUGCCGCAAGUUGAUAAAUAUCAUUCCAAUAGUCCAAGUCUGA